AUGAGGAGAGACGCUCCACGAGGAGGCAUGAAGACCACAUGUCUGUGGGCUGCCGCCAUGCUGUUGUCAGUCAUCUCUCUGGUCACCAGUGCCGACUUACCGAGUUCAGACUUGAGAGAAAGCUCCAAAUCCAAAGUGAAGGCCUACUGGGACGAAAACAGUAAGGCCAUCUCCAUCAGCCGUCUGCUGUCCCAAACCCUCUAUGGCAAAGAGAACUUCACCUCUCUGGACCUGAACUAUGAUGAAGCAGACUCUUACUCUAAGCAGGAGCACUGGAAAUGGCUUUACAACACCUCAGCCCCCCGUGACCCCCGAUCAAGGAUGAAAAGACGCCCCAUCGUCAAGACUGGAAAGUUUAAGAAGAUGUUUGGUUGGGGCGAUUUCCAUUCCAACAUCAAGACGGUGAAGCUGAACCUCCUCAUCACUGGCAAAAUUGUGGAUCACGGUAACGGCACGUUCAGCGUCUACUUUCGACACAACUCGACCGGUCAGGGCAACGUUUCUGUGGGACUUGUUCCUCCCACCAAGGCCGUGGAGUUCCAGGUCCACCAGCCGCACCAGCAGUACCACCACCAUCACCAGCAGCAGCAGCAGCAGACGGCCCUGGAGACCAAAGAGACCAAGCUGUUCAACUGCAGGGUGGAGUACGAAAAGGUAGAGAAGGGCACCAGGAACUCACUGUGUGCCCACGACCCCUCGCAGAGUUGCCCCCAGGAACAGACCCAGAGCCACGUGUCCUGGCUGUGCUCCAAACCCUUCAAAGUCAUCUGCAUCUUCAUCACCUUCUACAGCACCGACUACAAGCUGGUGCAGAAGGUGUGCCCAGACUACAACUACCACAGUGACACCCCCUACCUCCCUACUGGGUGAUCACAUGACCAGACAAAGGGGGGGAAGGAAAAAAAAAAUAUGCAGAGACAGGCUGCAGGGUCCUGAGCAAUGUCAGAUUAUUUGAAAGAAAAUGGAGUCAAGACAUUUCCAACU